AUGCUGUGCGCAAUUUCGGGAGAAGCGCCGCAGGUUCCAGUGGCCUCCCGCAAGAGUGGCAAUGUCUACGAAAAGCGCCUAAUCGAAGCAUACAUCAGCGAGAAUGGCACGGAGCCCACGACCGGAGAGAGCCUGUCCGUCGAAGACCUUAUCGAUCUCAAGAGCCCCAAUGUCGUCUAUCCACGACCUCCGCAGAUGACCUCGAUCCCUGCUAUGCUCUCCUUCUUCCAGAAUGAAUGGGAUGCUUUGGCGCUUCAAACCUAUACUUUGCAACAGAAUCUUCACCAGGCUCGGCAAGAGCUCAGUACCGCUCUGUACGAAAAUGAUGCGGCGGUACGGGUCAUCGCGCAGCUUACAAAAGAGAGAGACGAGGCACGAGCAACAUUGGCACAAAUCAACAUCAGUAGAGGGGCUUCUGCCAGCACGAAUGGUGAUGCGAUGCAGGUGGACAGCGCCCCGUUACCACAACCCAUCGUGGAGAAGAUCGAAAGCGUACAACAAAGUUUGUCGAAGACACGGCGAAAACGACCAGUCCCAGAAGAAUGGGCUACCUCGGACUCAAUAUCAGCAUACACGUCGAGAUCAGCCUCGAAACCAUUGUUUUCAGGUGGACGCGUGCUUGCCGUGCACGAAGGCGGAGACUUGGUCCUCGUCGCAGGCUCUCAAGCGGGGGUCUACUCACUCUCAGAGGACUCGAUAUCGUAUACACUUGACUUCGGCGACGGAGAAGCCACAAACGGUCUCUGGGCUCAUGACAAGGCGGUUGUUGCCACAUCAGCGGGUGCGGUCAAAGUGUUUGAGAAGGACCAAGAAGUCUCGUCCUUCUCCGUCCAUGCCGGGCAGGCCAACGGGGUGGCUCUACACCCCAGUGGCACCAUUCUGGCUUCAGUCGGGGAAGACCGGACCUAUAUCCUCUACGACCUUGAAUCUAACCGUGUCCUUACCCAGGUUCAAAGUAAUUCGGGUCUCCGUUGUGCUCAAUUCCACCCCGACGGACACUUGUUGGCGGCCGGUGGCGUCGAUGGCCAGAUUAAGAUAUUCGACGUCAAGUCCGGUGCAGAAGCCGCAACAUUUGACCUUGGUGGCCCUGUACGAUGCAUCUUUUUCUCCGAAAACGGCAUAUGGUUGGCGGGCGUGACGGAGAAGUCGUCGACAAUCUCGAUCUGGGACUUGAGAAAAGCGACAAAAAUCACCACCAUCGAGACGGGCAGCCAGAUCGAAUCCAUCAGCUGGGACUACACUGGGCAAUUCCUGGGCGUGGCAGGACAAGAUGGCGUUACGGUCGAACAUUAUUCCAAGGCGUCCAAGGAAUGGUCAGAGAUCCUCAAGCGGGGGACUCCGGCGACACGAAUCGCUUGGGGCAAGCAUGCUCAGAGCCUACUUGCUCUCAAUGAUGAAGGGGUGAUUACGACUCUGGCAGCGGCAACGGAGGGAUAA